AGCGUCAAAGUAAACUCAAGCCUACUUGUUUUUGACACAAAACCAAAGUGCACGUUUGAAAUGGAUCUCCGUUUAAACGAUUUUAAGGUGAAUCCAAACGUGUUAUAGAGUCGAAGAGGAGACCAACCAACUACUGAGUCGUUGCACUUCAUUCCCAUCCCCAUGUCUUCUCUCUCUUCAACAGAGAGAUAGAAGAACACCAUUCAUCUCCUUCCACCAUGCUCCUUCCUCCCAAACCCAUCAACACCAUCACCGUCACAAUCAUGCUUGCCUUCACCUUCUUCCUUCUCUUCCUCACCGGUUUCUUCCACAUCCCCUCCGUUUCCUCUUCCCUCCCACCCAUUAGCCGCCCUAUAACGCCACACACUUCAGAACCCUUCACCGAUCUGGUCGGUGCCUUCAGAAAAUGGGAUUCGCAAGUGGGUUGUGUUCGGUUCAGGGAAAAACCAAAUGGGGUGCCCCUUAACCGGUCAAAGGUCGCUUCUUUACAGGAGUUUGGCGGUGAUUCCGCUUGUGGGGGCUUGAAACUUAACCAUGUUAGCGUUUUCGUCAAAGGGUGGACUUGGAUUCCUGAUAAUUUGGAUAACUUGUACUCUUGCUCUUGUGGGUUGAGCUGUUUGUGGACCAAAUCGCCCGUUCUUGCUGACAAGCCUGAUGCUUUGUUGUUUGAAUCGUCUACGCCUCCGGCUCAGAGGCACAUGGGAGAACCGCUUCGUGCAUACAUGGAUCUUGAAGCUGGCCGAAAGAGAUCAGGCCGAGAGGAUAUAUAUAUUAGUUAUCAUGCUGAAGAUGAUGUGCAGUCAACCUAUGCUGGUGCUCUAUUUCACAAUGGUCGAAACUAUCAUGUCUCUAAUAAUAAAAACAGCGAUAUACUUGUUUAUUGGUCUUCAUCGCGGUGUCUCUCUCAAAGGAAUGAACUUGCCAAGAAACUCCUUGGCUUGCUGCCGCAUCAUUCAUUUGGCAAGUGCCUAAAUAAUGUUGGUGGUCUAGACAUGGCUCUUUCUUUUUAUCCUGAAUGUGCAAAUGAUGCCAACGUUACACCAAAAUGGUGGGAUCAUUUACAUUGUGCCAUGUCUCACUACAAGUUUGUUCUUGCCAUUGAGAACACUUUUAUUGAAAGUUACGUAACGGAGAAACUAUUUUAUGCCUUAGACUCUGGUGCCGUUCCUAUAUACUUUGGUGCACCAAAUGUCAUGGAUUUUGUUCCUCCACAUUCAAUAAUUGAUGGUAGAAAAUUCAGCUCUCUGGAAGAGUUGGCUUCGUAUGUGAAGUCUGUAGCUAAUGAUCCUGUAGCCUAUGCAGAAUACCACGCAUGGAGAAGGUGUGGUGUGCUAGGUAACUAUGGAAAAACACGAGCCGUGAGCCUCGACACCUUGCCGUGCCGGUUAUGUGAGGCUGUUAGCAGAAAAGGGGGAAGAAAUGCUAGAAGCUAAUGUGAGUUUUUGGCUAAAUUUGUUGGCACAGAUUGACACAUUGAAUUUAGGCUUGCUACCUGUACAGAGGCACACACACUGCUUGUUUCACUGAGGUAAGUAUUGGACCAACAAAGGACACAAAAUCAGAAAGGCUUAGCUCAUGCGAUGAUGAUGAAAUUGUAAGGAUUAUUCCAUUUGUUUUAUUUUUUAUUUUUCUCCUUUUCUGAUAGAAAGUGGUUGACGCUAUCUCCACCUAGUUAAUCUAGGUUACACUUAGUGUUAGUCUUUUGUUGAUGAUGUAUAUUUUUCGAGAAACACGUGCAUAUGUCAACUUGCAACGACAAUUCAUGGACGAAAUGCAAGCACCAAAACCUUACUGAAAAUUGAAUUGGAUGACUUGGGACAAUAAUAUAUUGGAAAAUGUAAAUGUUACAU